AUGCCGGAGCCGUUAGUAACGGCUGCCCCCGCCUCAGAGCUGCAGCGCGAGCGGCUGCCGGUGUCGGGUGCGGCGCUGCUGGUGCUCGCGCUGGCUCCGUCGGCGCUCGUGCUGCUGCUCCUGCUGCACUGUCUGCUGCUCGGAUACAAGCUCCUGCUGCUCUCCAAGAAGAGGAAGGGCGCGCGCCGCGGCGUCGGAGGAGGCAGCGAGAGCGCGCUCUCGAGCUCUCACUCACCCCUACCACCACCGUUAUCCGCGCGCCGCAGCGCCACCCGCUACUCGUGCGGCCACGCAAGAAAACUCUGCUUCUCGUCUGCGCCCGAGCUCGGGCCGCCCGUCACCUCGUCGCUCGCGUCCUCCGUGGAGAGGCGCGUGAGGCUCCUGCGGCCGGAUGGGGCUGGCUCGUCCUCGCUGCGCUCGUGGCGGAGAGGGAGCGCCCCGGUGCUACUGCUGCACUCCAGCGACUCGGAGGCGGGUAACUGCAACCUCGUGCCCCCCAACUCACCGGAGCAGCUCGCGACAAACAACGGGAGGGCAUCCCUACCUGUAAGAAUGAUGCGCAGGAGCAGCACAAUGGAGCUGGAGCUUGUAUCUCUGGAUAAGCUCCAUGUGGAGGGUGAGAUCAUCAGCAGCAUUCCACAAGAGACCUCAUGCUUUGUAGUGUCUGCAAGUUCCUCCGCUGCUGGACCUGGACUGGACAGUGACUUCGGUGCAAGUGCAGGUGUGUCUUUGCGCAUCCUGUCGGCAGACAGCGACGGCUUCCCUGGAGGAGCCUGGGCUUCCGGCCUUGAGUGGGAUUAUUACGAUCCAAGUUACGUCACACAGAACCACGUUCCCAAACACAGACACCAUGCACCCCCCAUCACCAUCAAACAGUACUGGGUCUAAACGGAUUGACUGUUUCUCACACGCACCCACACACACACACCCACACACGUCCACACUCACUCUUUACAACAGUCAAGAACUCAAGGCUGAUAGCAUUUCCGGUACUCUGAUCUGGUCUAGAAUUCAUCAGUCUCGCCUCAGAGUUUUAACCCCUUCACAAUGAGCACUCAUCACAGUUUACACUUAUGUUAAGGGGAAAUCGAGUCACCCUCACAAGCACAGUUCACGUCCUCGUUGAUGUCAUUGCUUUAGUUCACAGCAGUUAAAGAGAAAAAAGAAAGAGAUUCACCAGCACUUGUUUACGUGUUUUUUUACACACUGAGUCACAUUUGUUUAACACACAUUUCCACACAUUACUGAAUGCAAUUACUUUUUUUUAUUGUUUCGUUUUUGGUGUUUCUCUGUGUUGAGCUGCUGUAGUUUGUCUAGCCUUGUUUAAAUAUUUAUGUAACUGUAAAUCUAUUUAUAAAUGUAUAAUAAAUUUUAAAUUAAAAUUGCAUUGAGUUUCUCAACCUUGAGUAACAUUUAAGUAAAA